CCCCCGGAGCCUGGCCCGCCGUCAGGGGAACCAAUGCGGAAUUUCCUGGCUGGCGGCGGGGCCCCUCUCGCCGCUGCCGAGAGGGGCGCGGGGGAGGCGGCGGCGGAGCGCUCGCACUGCGGCUUCCGCCCCCGAGCAGCAGCCGGGGCAGGGCGGGCACCGGGCACGGCGGAGCCGGGAAGCGGGGAGGGGGGGGGGGGGAGAGCGCCCGCCCCAUAUGGGAUGGGCCGGGUCAAGCCGGGCCCCGCCGCUCCGACGGUCAUGGCGGCCCGUGGGUUGCGACCACCCCGCCGCGCCCGGGCCGGAGCCGCGGUGCUGCCGCCGCCGCCGCUGCUGCUGCUGCUGCUGCUGAGCCGCGGAGCCGCGCAGGAGCUGAGCCCCCGCGGCAGGAACGUCUGCAGGGCCGGCGGCUCCUCGGUGCUUGUGUGCUGCCCGGGAUGGAGGCAACAAGGAAGCGAGUGUUUAAUAGCCGUGUGCGAGGGGAACUUCACCUGCAAGGAGAACGAGGUGUGCGUCAGGCCCGGCGAGUGCCGCUGCCGACAUGGCUACUUUGGUGCCAACUGCGACACCAAGUGUCCCCGGCAGUUCUGGGGUCCCGACUGCAAGGAGAUGUGCAGCUGCCACCCCAACGGGCAAUGCGAGGACGUGACGGGCCAGUGCACCUGCAACCCCAACCGCUGGGGUCCCAAAUGCGAGAACAUCUGCCUCUGCAAGCACGGCAAGUGUGACCAGAAGACGGGCAAAUGCACCUGCGAGCCCAACUGGUGGGGACCCCAAUGCUCCAGCUCCUGCUACUGCAGCCACAACUCCCAGUGCGACCAGCAGACGGGCAACUGCCUGUGCCAGCCCGGCUGGUGGGGCCGCGGCUGCACCAACCAGUGCUCCUGCAACAACUCGCCCUGCGAGCAGUUCACGGGGCGCUGCCAGUGCCGGGAGCGGACGUUCGGGCUCCACUGCGAGCGGUACUGCCAGUGCUACAAGGGCAAGUGCAAUCAGGUGGAUGGGACCUGCACGUGCGAGCCGGGCUACCGGGGGAAGUAUUGCCGCGAGGCGUGCCCAGCUGGCUUCUACGGCCAAGGCUGCAGGAGGCGGUGCGGGCAGUGCAAGAGCCAACAGCCGUGCACCGUGGCGGACGGGCGCUGCCUGACCUGCGAGGCGGGCUGGAACGGCACCAAGUGCGACCAGCCCUGCUCGCCCGGCUUCUACGGAGAGGGCUGCGAGAAGCUCUGCCCCCCCUGCAAGGAUGGCCACACCUGCAACCACAUCAACGGCAAGUGCUCCCAUUGCAACCCGGGCUGGAUCGGAGACCGGUGUGAAACCAAGUGCCGGAACGGGACGUACGGGGAGAACUGCGCCUUCGUCUGCAGCGACUGCGUCAACGGCCAGUGCCACUUCGAGACGGGCCGGUGCCUCUGCCACCCUGGCUCCCACGGCACCUACUGUAACCUGACUUGCCCACCCGGCCGCUACGGAGCCAACUGUGCCGAAGCCUGCGGCUGCCACGACGGCGCCUGCGACCCGCUGACGGGCGCCUGCCACAUGGAGGCCAACCAGCGGAUGGGGGUGAUUGGGGCGGGAGCCCUCCUGGCACUGCUGCUCAUCCUCCUGCUCUCCCUGCUCUGCUGCUGCUGCGUCUGCCGCAAGAAGGACGAAGGCCGUGGCUCCAGCCAGGACCCAGCAGCAGCCAAGAAGCCGCCGAGACGCUUGUGCGGGCGUUUCAGUCGGAUCGGCAUGAAGCUCCCGCGCAUCCCCCUGCGCCGCCAGAAGUUGCCCAAGGUCGUGGUGGCCCACCACGACCUGGAGAACACCCUGAACUGCAGCUUCAUCGAGCCGCCCUCCGUGGUGGAGCAGCCUUCCCCGUCCUGGUCGUCCCGCGGCUCCUUCUCCUCCUUCGACACCAUGGACGAGGGGCCGGUGUACUGCGUCCCCCACGAAGAGAGCGUGGGCGACAGCAGGGACAGGGGGACACCCGCCACCCCCGGGGACAAGCUGGUGGCCCCAGCCGGUGGGGAGGAAGCAGGCGAAUACACCUUCCUGAAGGAGACGGGCUCCGUCAGAGCCUUCCCGGCCGACAGCAGUGAAACGCCCCUGCUCAAGUCCUCGGACAGCGAGCGUUCCUCCUGCGGCUCGGGCUCAGCCAGCGCCGCACUCUACGCCCGGGUCGCCCGUCUCUCCAAACAGUCCAAGGAGGAGGAGGAUGCCAUCACGGAACCCCGCAGCCCUGGGAAGCCGCCAUCCCCAGAGAGGACCAAGCCCCGUCCCCCGGACCCAGCCACGAAGCCCAAAGUCUCCUGGAUCCACAGCAGGUACAACUCCAGCCAGUCCAACUCACUGCCGGCGCCCAGCCGGUCCCCGGAGCAAGCAGCCGCCCGGUCCAGCAGCCCCGAGCAAGGCCAGUGCUUGGCCAAGAGGAAGAGGAGCCCGAGCGAGACGUCAGCCGGCGUGCAGGGCAGAGCGGAGGAGAAGGGUGGCACACGGAGCAAGGAGAAAGCGCAGAAGCAACCAAAGGAGCCCGGCGUCCCCGAGGGCAAAGCCAGCCUCGCCGGGGAGCCCCAGUCGCCCUCCAAGCCCAAGCAGAGGAGCAAAGCCGGCUCGGAGCCGACAGAGAGCAUCAAUGGGGCGGUGCAGAACGCCUUCCGAAAGAUGGGCGCCUUCCAGCCGGAGCGGCGGGUCGGGGACAACAGGGAUGCGCCUCGCAGCCCCGGUGCCAGCAAACCCCGCUCCGAGCCCCUCCAUCCCCACCUGGCCUCCGAGCUGGCCGCCCAGCUGAAGGAAAAGACUCAGAGCCUCAACAAGGGGGACGGAAGCACCCGGGCAAACGGGGUGGGCGCCCAGCGGGAGAAGCCCACCCCUCCGCAGAAAGCCAAGCGCUCGGCGGCCGCCGGCGGCCAGAAGACCAGCAAGCCCCUGCUGCCCACCUCUCCCCACCUGCAAAAACUGAUCCCCGGGGCGGCCGAGCCAGCGGCCGGGGAGCCUAAGCGGGUGGAGAAGCCAAGCGCCGGCAGCGGCCAGGACCAGGCUCUCCCCAACGAGCAAGUGGCCAAGAAAACCCCCAUUAAAAAGCCUCCCAGGAAGAAGAGCCGGGAAGCCAGCCUGGAGCAGCCCAGAGCAGCCACCGUGCCUGCUCAGGCAGUGCAGUGACCGGGAGCCGGGCACUGGCCCCGCGCCGGGAGGAAGGACGUUUGCCGGCAUGGCCAGCGGACGUGGAAGCCUGGACCGGGCUGGGGGCACUGGAAGAGCCUUGAGCCUCCGUUUUUUCCCCCCUCCAUCUCUCUCAUCCCCUUUUGUCCUUUAGUCUCCCCUGCCCCAGGACCUGGUCCUCCCCAUCCAUGCCCUGCUGCCUGCUCCUUGCCCGGGUCUGGCAGCUCACCCUCCCGGCACAGGGCAGGACCGCAGGGAGCCAGCUCGGCCGCCGACCCAGGGGGGUCCGUGUGUGGCAUAUCCCCCCCACUUUUUUAUAGCAGUAUUAUCGAUCGCAUAAGCAGCGCUUGUUGUACUAGACCUACCCACGGUAUAUUCUGCAGUAACGGAGCCGCUCGCUUCCCGCACCCCACUCCGGUCUGUCGGGCUCACGGUGCACGGGAGAGGGAGGGUGCUGCCGCUCGGUGCCCAGGGCGUUGCCGGGGACGUGCCCCGCAUCCAUCGUUAGCAGCAAACCCCAUGCCCCGGCGCCCUGGGCUCCAGGCGCAGCUCUCCAUUGCUGGUCCCGCUGCAGCCGCACUGUGCCCGGCGUGGGGUCGAGCUGGUUUCGACCGAUGCCACCCUCCCCUCUGCCCCUGGGGUUGCUUCUGGCCAGGAGGAAAGCACUAUUUAUGGCCGGAGCUGGACAGCCUUCGGGCUCCCGCGUCCCAUCCAGUGGAGUUGGAGGGAUUAGUUUGGUACGACAGAGCCUGGCACCUCUGCAGAGCGCUUUCUUAAUAAAAAUGUAUUUCUUCUGUAGCCGGUGCCGUCUCUCCGUGCCCCAGGCUCCCUGCGGGCAGGCGACGUGCCGAGCGUCGCCUGGUCUUGCUCGGGUGCUCAGCACGGUCCUGAGCAGGAUGCAGUGGGGAGAUGGCAGGUACAGGCAGGUAGGCAGGGUGGGGAGGCAGGUCCUGCUGUGGCUGCUGCUACGUGCUCGCCUGGCAGCAGAGACCAGCCCUGGGGGCAAGAUUCGGAGCCCCUCAUCCCCCAGUAUCCAGCGUCCUCCCCUAGCCCAGCAAGAGCCCCAGGAGAGGGACCGGUCUUGUGGUCAGACCCUCCCCAGCGUAGCCAGAAUUGGACCCUGGGGCUCAAGAGAGUUCUGGCUGCUGGGCACAGAGGCCACCCCUGGCUGAGUGCUAGGACACAAAUGUGUGGGGACACGGGGGGGCUGGCAGUGGGGUGCAGGGCUCUCACCCCAGCUUUCUAACCCCCCUGCCAAGGGGCUGCCAGCCCUGGCAGCAUUUGGGCUCUCCACAGAGCCACGGGCACAGUGCUGCCACGCGGCAAGUCCGGCACAAGCCCAGAGGCCAGCAGAGAUGGGCUUUCUCCCACACGGCCUCUGCCCACGGUUCCUGAGCAGUCCUGCCUGCAAUUUGCCUGUGCGCUGCCUGCACAGUAGCUAAUCUCUGUGUGCAUUUUGCAAGCUCUCUGCCUGCUGCCUGUGCUCUGCCUGCUCUGCCUGUGCUUUGCUCGUGCUCUGCAGCCCGCCGCAGUGGACUGAGGGCAGCAAAGCCCUGCCCGCCCUGCUGCUCCUGGCGCUCGCCCAGGGCCUGCUGCCUGUGGGGCUGUAGAUGCUGGGUCCUUUGGGGCAGCGGCUCUGCCCCUGCCAGGCUCCUUCAGCCUGGACCGGGCGGGGGGCACUGGUCCUCCCCAUCCAUGCCCCUGCCCGUGGGGCCACAGCACCCACCACUCUGCGCUGGUGCCCACCGUUGAGCCAUCCUGAGCUCUGCCAACAGUGGGGGAUGAUGGCCUAGGAGAAGACCACCAGACCAAAAGUCCAUCCAUGGGGCAAUACCAGGUGAUGGAGGCAGCUGGUGGACACCAGGAUGGGAUGAGACCACCUGGAACCAGGACUGCAGCCAGCCCAGCACAGCACUCGGGAGGGGACAGCACUCCGGCACGCUCCCCGGCAUCACUCAGCAUCAUGAAGCUGGAGCUGGAGCCAGCACUGGCUGGAGAAGCAUCAUCUCAUAGCAAAAAGCUGAAGAAUAAAGGGAAUUGGACAUCACACAACUUGUUGGUGUUGCUUACCAGACUCCUGGUCACCUUUCAGAGUUCCUUCAUCUCCCUUCCCUUUCCUUCAGGUUUUACUUGGGAAGAUGAAGGACAAUGGCAGAAACUACUCCUGGGACAUCACGCAAUGCAUCACGCAGUGCAGUAACGGGAGGUGAUGAAUCAGCUCAAUGUCACCAAAGUCACAACAGAAAAAUGGGCACAAUGACCCUAUGAAAUGGCAUCAAAGUCCCUCUCCCUCUACCACAGAGGCCGCAGGAGAAACAGAAGAGGCUUCCAGGAGGCUCAGAUAGGUCUGGGAGAAGGAAAGGAGUCAAAUUCAGGCAAUAAAAGUGCAAAAAUAAAUACAA